AUGACAGAGAAUAAGCCAGAUGUCGCGCACAAUGAGCAUCCCAUGAAGCCAGCGGAUAUCAACCAGUUACAAGAUAUCCGUGUACCCCUGACAGAAGAUGACAACAAGCGGAUCCGAAGAAAGACCGACUCCAUCAUCCUGGUCAUCCUUUGCUGGACAUACUUGAUGCAAAUUCUUGACAAAUCUGUACUGGGAUAUGGAGCCAACUUUGGUCUCAAAGAAGAUGCCAAUCUCACCGGGAACCAAUACUCCCUGGUGGGAUCGAUUGCCCCCAUCGCUCAGCUGGCCUGGCAGCCCUUCUCGUCCUAUCUCAUUGUGAAAGUACCCCAUCGCAUUCUCAUGCCAGUGCUGGCCGCGGGCUGGGGUAUCGCGCAAGCGGCAAUGGCGGCCUGUCACAGUUUCGAGGGCCUCAUGGCUACUCGCUUCUUGCUAGGUCUCUUUGAGGCGGGAUGUCUUCCCCUGUUUAGUAUCAUCACUAGCCAGUGGUAUCGUCGCGCGGAACAGCCCUUGCGUGUGGCCGCUUGGUACAGUACCAAUGGACUUGCCACCAUACUCGCUGCGAUCCUAUCGUAUGGGCUGGGGCAUGUGCAGUCCGGUCCUUUGAACGAAUGGCAGCUACUGUUCCUUGUUUGCGGUCUUAUCACUGUCAUAUCCACCCCCAUUAUCUACUGGAAACUCGACAACGACAUCUUCUCCGCCCGAUUCCUUGACGAACAAGAGAAAUUACAGGCGAUGGAGCGUCUCCGCGCCAACCAGACCGGCAGCGGCAGCCGAGAAUUCAAAGUCUACCAAGUCGUCGAAGCCGGCCUGGAACCGAAGACCUACCUCUGGAUCGCAGCCGCGUUCCUCCUCAACGUGGGCGCAUCGGUGACCAACGUCUUUGGACCGCUGAUCAUUUCAGGUCUCGGAUUCGACAAAUUCAAAACUACUCUGUUGAACAUGCCUUUUGGCGCGUUGCAGUUCAUCAUCAUUUUAUUCUCCAGCUGGCUGGCCCAGAAAGCCGCACUGAAAUCUGUCAUCCUGGCUAGCUUCAUGCUUCCCGUUGUGGCGGGCCUCGCGAUCCUCUAUGCCGUCCCAAGAGGGGAGAGCGAGCAAGGGGCUUUGAUGGCCGGGUAUUAUCUCCUCUCGUUCUUGUUCGGAGGCAACCCGCUCAUCGUGACCUGGAUCGUCGGGAAUACUGCCGGUACGACCAAGAAAUCGAUCAUCAUGUCGUUCUUCAACGCUGCUGCCGCCGCGGGUAAUAUUGUCGGGCCGCUUCUCUUUAGCGAUGACAAUGCGCCAGCUUAUCUUCCCGGACUGCGUGCUUGUCUAGGGAUUUUUGUGGCGAUGGUCGCGGUUGUUUUUAUCCAGUGGGCGAACUUGUGGGUGUUGAACAAGAUGCAAGAGAAGCGACGAGUGAGGAACGGGAAGCCGGCGAAGCUUGUGGAUCGGUCGAUGCAGACGGGGUAUGAGGUUAGCGAAGAAGUAGCGGAGGAGGCCGGACAAGAGGCGACGGAAUUGGGAAGAAAUGCCUUCAAUGAUAUGACGGACCGGGAGAAUGACGAGUUUGUCUAUAUUUAUUGAUGGGUUCGGCAAUGAUGGAAGCGUGGACGGAAGAAAGAAGGUUGGAUCAAGCAUGAAUGAAAUGGUAUAACGAAAUCACGAAUAACUUUUGCGACAUACGUGCAUGAGUCACGGGGUCCUUACCGAUUG